AUGAUUGGUGCUGUAAUACUUAUGCUUAGCAUUGCAUCAGCUGUAGAAUCCAAAGCAUUGAAUGUAACUGGAAAAGGACAACAGGGAUGCUGUGGUCCAUGUUUCUUGUUUGGCUGUCCGGAAGGUCAAUGUUGUUCUCAAUAUGGCUAUUGCGGUGCAACCCCAGAACAUUGCCAAGGAGCAAUUACGCAAGGAAAUUGUCAAACUAAGGGAUGCCCAGAUGGUUUAUGUUGUUCAAAGUACGGAUUUUGCGGAAAUACGCCAGAACACUGCGAUAGAACUCCCGUGACAAAUGGUAAUUGCAAAACUGUAGGAUGUCCACCUGGUCAAUGCUGUAGUGCCUAUGGAUUUUGCGGUACCACACUGGAACAUUGUGGCAAUGUGGAUCUAACAGUUGGACAAGGAAAUUGUCAACAAACAGGAUGUGCACCAGGCCUCUGUUGUUCAAGAUUCGGCUAUUGCGGUCGAACGGCAGAACAUUGUUUAGGAACAGCAUUGCAUCCUACAGGAAUCAAUGUCGGUUGUGGCAAUUGUGUUGGCGGUAAUACUGCUAAUUGUGGAAAUGGAUGUGUUGGGAAAAAAUAA